AUGGAGACGGUUCAUCAUGGCUGUGGCUUGGCCUUCACUCCAAGCUCCUCGGGGAUUUCCUCGGGCACUGCAGCCGUCGCCUCAACCGGCGCAGCUGGGGCGCUGCCUUGUGCCGGCGGUGCCACUGCUGGUGGCGCGGCCAGCGGUGGGCAGAGCCACUACGCCCGCGAGUGGCUCUACCGCCUGGUCAUGUUCCCGCUCUACUUCACGCCCUGCCCCGGCUGUUGCGUCACGAACCGGACGCCCAAGCGCGAGCAGCUGCUGACGCUGUUUGACACGCAGUGCCCCAUGCGGGUUCUCUGCAGCCACUGCCCAGAGCACAAGGACCGCCUCCCCUGGCUCCUGCAGGUCCGGCGCAGCGCGUUCAAGGAUGUGGUCAAGGCCACCGACAUCCUCCGCUUUGGCUGCGACACCAGCGGCAUCCAGCAGUACACCCUCAACGGCUCCAAGGUGCUGUACCUCAACCGCGAGGCCGCGCCCGACCGCAAGGCCGCGCCGACCGCCGCCGCGCCCGCGACGACCCGUCUGUGA